CCGCGGCCAGCACACACAUUCUCAUUACGUAGAAGCGCUCGGUAACGGCAUCACCAACACGGUACAAUAAUAAUUCCGGAAAAGGGUCGCGCGUUGAUUGACGUGUGUUGUUUACUGUUUACGGAACGGCGGGCUGGCAAGCUGACUGAUUGGUUUUAGCAGUGUGUUGUACUCUUCGUAACCGUGCCCGGUGGUGUUGUGCAGCAGCAGCAUAUCGGUCCCGCAACGCAACGGACGGGUUUCGAUUGCGGAUUGUUGCUAAAAACAUUCCGCCCCAUCAGCAGCGUAUUCGUCAAGCCAACCUUGAAACACCCACAGACGAAGCAAAGGUUAUAUGGGAAGCGUGUAGCAGUGACCCCCUGAAAGGGAUUUUUUCCCCGUGCGAGGACACCGGAACGCACAGUCCUGUCUGGAGAUCCAAUCGGUGGUAGUAAUUGAAGCGCUGAAAGACGUCCGACCACCAAUCUGUACCGGAGCUCAUUUAGGAAACAGGUUUAUUCUACCCAAUCCACCUGUCCCGCAUUGGUGGUAAACUUUCGCGAGGGGAUUGAGUUUUGCUCGAUGCAUCGAACAGAACCACAGCCCGAUCGUUCACGUCCAGCCGGGAGUAUGUACCACUCCAUCCCGACGAUGCUGUGAAGCUGCUAUCUGAUCAAAAUAUAUUUUUAUACAGGACACCUUUUUUUUGGGAGAUUUGUAUUUGUGUUUGUUGUGUUUAGAGUGUUUAUAGUUUUACUUUUGCAUGCGUGCCACUACGCUCAGUGGCGAACUGCUUCCCGCCCGUCAACACGCUGGCAGCAGUCCUUGGGUAGCAGCGGAUGCGGUGCGAGACAUGUCAACGAAUAAUCGACAACCUUCGGAAACGGUACCAGUUCGGCCCAGUAAUCUAAACAACCGGGAUGUAGUGCUGACAAGUCUGGUUGCCGGUGCGACAGCGGGUGCACUGGCAAAAACUACUAUCGCACCGCUCGAUCGUACAAAGAUCAACUUCCAAAUCAACAAAGACAUCCCGUACACGUUCCGGGCAGCGCUCGGAUUCCUGCGCAAUACGUACGUUCGCGAAGGUUUCCUGGCACUGUGGCGCGGUAACUCAGCCACCAUGGCACGCAUUAUACCCUACUCGGCGAUCCAGUUUACGGCCCACGAGCAAUGGAAGAAGAUACUGCAGGUUGAUCUUCACAGAGACACGGAGGUACGCCGUUUUAUGGCGGGUUCGCUAGCGGGCAUCACAUCCCAGUCGCUGACGUACCCGCUCGAUCUGGCCCGUGCCCGGAUGGCCGUGACGGACAAGUACUCUGGCUAUAAGACGCUGCGGGAAGUGUUUGUAAAGAUCUGGCAGUGUGAAGGUCCGCGAACGUUAUAUCGCGGCUACUGGGCGACAAUACUCGGUGUGAUACCGUACGCCGGUACAUCGUUUUUCACGUACGACACACUCAAGAACGAAUACUACAAAAGGACGGGAGAUAAAUCUCCCAACACUGUGAUAUCGCUCACGUUCGGUGCGGUAGCGGGCGUCAUUGGUCAGUCGUCUAGCUACCCGCUAGACAUCGUGAGACGACGCAUGCAAACCACCGGUGUGACGGCUCAGUGCGCCGAUCAGUAUCUUACCAUCGGCAGGACGCUGAUCAAAAUAUACAGGGAGGAAGGACUCAUCGGCGGCUUUUACAAAGGCUUGAGUAUGAACUGGAUUAAGGGCCCGAUAGCUGUAGGCAUCAGCUUUGCAACGUACGAUCACAUCAAGCAUCUACUCCGGGAUAUCAUACACAUCAGGGACACCGACCGGACUCGGUAAUGCCUCUCCCUUCAUAACGUACAUCGCGCACUACCUUUGUUUUGGGGCGCCAUUGGCGGCGAAAUUCGGUACACCGCGAAUUAGAAUUCGAAUAUUCUACGAUAGAAAGCAUUGCAAAGAAAACCUUCAAAAGGCUGGCACGACAAUAACACCGAAAUUCCUCCCGCCACGGCCGCCAGAGUACACGCGUGUGUGGCUGCGCGUAUGUAUGUCUUUUUAAUCUAGCGAACGAGUGUACGAAUCGUCAAUCGGAUAAGUGCCAUUAGCUGGUGUUGCCAAUUCGCUCGACUUUUUUACAAAGCGAACUGGUGCAACGGGCCCCGCCAUUGUGGUUUUCAGGCCAGCACACUACGAAACCAUUGCACAAAGCAUGUACUAGUUUAGCGUAACGAAUCUAUAUGUUAUUUAGUCAUUUCCCGUAGAGCGGCGUAAGUUUAGGGUGCAACCUCGUUUGGAAACAACAAAUGCUAUAUAGGGCUAUAAGCUACAAAACCUAAAAACAAACUCCACAGGAAAACCUGCCAUCCUACGCCCUCUCUCCGCGUAGAUUGGUUUAGAACCGUCACGCGGACCAAAUUUAACGGCAGAGAGAUUCAAGAGCAUUUUCGUUUCACCGUGUGUGUCUCUUUCAAAAAGAUGAUGCAAAAAUCAAAUUAGCAGUACGUCAAGAUGCCUUAGUGCUGUACCGGCCUUUGUUGAUCGGAGUGAGAUAGGGUUUUAAAGAAUAAAAUUACCUGUUAUUAAAAUUGUGCUAAAUGGAAAGGCGUUACAAAACUCACUGGUGGUUGUUUCCCGUAUUUCCAUUAACAUUGGGCUACAUAUAUGAUCAAUAAAGCAUAUGAGAC